CCCGUUCAGACUGGGAUGGCCAAGUCUAAAAUCCCCGUGUUCAACUUACACCCGGCGGGCGGCAUCCCCGAGGACCCCCCGGCGGCGGUGGCCACCACCAAGUGUAAGCCCCCGGCCUUCAGCUUCCAGCUCCCCGUGUUCCUCGCAGACGCCCAGCCCCGCGGUCCCGUUCCAGCUGCUUCCAAGAAGCCAUGUCUCUCCAAGCCGGGAGAGGGGGACGGCAGCAGGACAACUAACCCGGCGGCCCCCGAGAGCUUCCGAGCCACCACCCACAGGCUGAAAAAGGGGGCCGACCCUGGUCUAAAGAAGACCAGCAGGAGAGGCUACUGUCCCCCAAGCCGGAACAGGCCCGAGGAAUUGCUCACAGACAAGAACCGGCUCCUGGAGGCGGCCAACCAGCAACUCCACCUGCAGCUGGCCGAGACCCAGGGCCUGCUGAGGGAAGUGACGGAGAAGAAGGAAUUGCUGGAGAGCUUUCAGGACCGCUGCCUGGCCAUCCUGGAGAGCCGCAGUAUCGACCCAGUCACAGGCCAACAGAUCCUGGAGGAGCUGAAAGAGAGGACCUCGUGCCAGGCAGAGAGCGCGUCGCUGAUGGACUCUCUGAUGGCUGAGCUGAGGCUGUUCAACCAGACCGUCGCGAAGCAGAGGGAGGAGGUGAAGGCAGCGAAGGCCAAGUUAGCCAAGGCCGAAGAGGAGAGGACCCACUUCCUGGAGAAACAGGCGACGUUCGGCAGCAGAAUGGAUGACGUGACGGCCAUGUUGGAGCAAAUGGAGCAGCUGCUGAGGCCGUGAGGAGCCGGGGCAGACCGUCAGAACCAGCCCGCCCAAACCGGGCAGGCGGGCGGGACCCAACCUGGAGCCCCAGGGCCAGACUGGUGGGGCUAACUUGGCAGUCCUGCGUCCCAGCCACCCAUCCCUUUCCCAAGCUCCACCGCCAAAUUAGGAUAUCCCCCUUUUGCCCCCCAGAGAGAAGCGGGGGUGGCGAGGGACUGAAACCCUGCACAAACUUGACUCCAAGCUUGGGACACUUUGGAACGCGUGACGCCGUUUUCCUGCCCUGAGCCUCUUUCCGGGAUUCUGCUUUGGACCUUCCCAGCUAGGGCCGAAAGACUACUGGGCCCACCACCGUGCCUGGUCUCCUUUCCAUUUUAGCCAAUAAAGCUGUUUUGCCUCUGUCAGCCCCCUGACUGGCACGGUGAACAAGGCCAACGGCUACUU